CCUCCCCAAGUGGUGCCUGGGGAUUCAACCUUCUCGGUGGCAGAAAGCUUGCGUGGAUAGUGCUGGGUUGAACCACCAGACCGCAAUACCACUGUGCGAUUGGGACAGAGAAGGCGGUGCUUGUGGGUUUUGGAGGGAACGCCAUUGGGGACGAGGACACACUCACAGUCCGUUCACUCUCACGGGCCUCAGGUCGUGCCGACUAUUCGUGUCGCUAGCCCCACCUGCCUGCCGUGACUGCAUGUGCAACGGCUAGCACCCUCUCCUCGCGGGAGCGAAGACAGCGUAACACGUGCUGGUUUUGCCAAGCGCCAGCACGCCAGGACUCGCGCGGGGUCCGUCCUACUCACAACACCGGGUCGCGCUACCGCCUUUGAAAGGGAGUUCCACACCAUAAGGCUCGACCAGUGAGAGCGAACAACGUGGCGGCGGCGGGGGUUGGCGGGCGAUAAGCAUGUCGUACGAGGACGAAGGCGAUGACGUGUUCGGCGAUGCCGUGCCGGAGGGCGAAGCGGGCGUCGGGGAGGACGACUACGCCGAUGGAGGCGGGGCAGCGGGGGGCGGGGGCUACGACAACAUGGACGAGGAGGAGGAGGAGGACGAGGACGAGAGAGGCUACGAGAACGGCGCAGCGGGAGGAGGUGGGGGCGAGGGGUUAGGGCUUGGCGAAGGGGUGGAGGAGGAGGAGUACGAUCCCGAUGCCGCGUACGGGGCCGGAGGCCUCGUGGAUGACGAAGACGAGCUCGAUCCGCUUGAGGAGGACAUAUCACAGGAGGAUGCGUGGGUCGUGAUCAGCGCGUACUUCAGCGAGAAGGGCCUGGUUCGCCAGCAACUCGAUUCCUUCGAUGAGUUCCUACAAAGCACGAUGCAUGAGCUGGUGAGCAGCGCUGGGGAGAUCAAGAUCACGCCGGAGCUGCAGUACAUGCCGGGGCAGGACACGGUCCGAAGAACGUUCCAGAUCAACUUCGGACAGGUCUACCUGGCCAAGCCCACCGCACGAGAGAAGGACGGGUCGCUGACGAGCAUGUUCCCGCACGAGGCUAGGCUCCGGAACCUCACGUACAACUCCCCCUUGUACUGCGACAUCUCGUGCAAGACCUACGAGGCAGACGUGGGCGACCGCUCUCAGGAGGAAGGGGAAGGGCUGGAGGCGGAGGAGGAGAGGGAGAACCCCAAGGAGUUCCUGGGGUGGGUGCCCAUCAUGCUCCGGAGCAGCUUCUGCGUGCUGGUGAACCGGACGGACAAGGAGCUGACCGAGCUGGGGGAGUGCAUCUACGACCAGGGCGGCUACUUUGUCAUCAACGGGUCCGAAAAGGUGCUGAUCGCGAACGAGCGCAUGAGCACGAACCACGUGUACUGCUUCAAGAAGCGGCAGCCGAGCAAGUUUACGUGGACCUCGGAGAUCAGGAGCUUCGUCGACAACAGUGGCAGGCCUCCGUCCUCCAUGUUCCUGCAGAUGUAUGCCAAGGGGACUCAGCACAGCAAGGUGAACGGGGGGCACAUCCGUGCGCAGCUGCCGUACAUCAGGACGGACGUGCCGGUGGUGUUGGUGUUCCGAGCGCUCGGUUACACGAACGACAAGGCUAUCCUGGAGCACAUCGUCUACGACUUCUCCGACACGGACAUGAUGGAAAAGUUCAGGCCAUCUCUGGAGGAGGCGGACGUGAUCCAGAACCAGGUUGUGGCACAAGACUUCAUCGGGAAACGUGGCAGCGCCGUCAACGUCGGGCGUAACGAGCGGAUCAACUACGCCAAGGGGCUCCUCCAGAGGGAGUUUUUGCCUCACGUCGGCAUCGGGGCCGGUACGGAGGCAAAGAAGGUGUUCUUCCUGGGGUACAUGGUGCACAAGCUACUCAUGUGCAGCCUCGGUCGGUUAGAGGAGGACGACCGAGAUCACUACGGCAAGAAGAGGCUGGACCUGGCGGGAGCGCUGCUCGCCGGCCUGUUCCGGCAGCUGUUCAGAAAGCUCACGCAGAACGUGCGCAAGUACCUGCAGCUCUGCCUGGACAAGGGCACGCAGUUCGUCGUGGGCACGGCGAUCAAGAGCCAGUUCAUCACGGACGGUCUCAAGUACUCCCUGGCUACGGGCAACUGGGGUGACAAGAAGACAGCCACCAAGGCCGGGGUGAGCCAGGUGCUCAACCGACUCACCUACGCCUCGGCCCUGUCGCACCUCCGAAGGCUCAACACCCCCCUGGGGCGAGAGGGAAAGCAGGCGAGCUAAGCCCCGACAACUACAUAACACCCACUGGGGCUUC